GAGAAGUGACUGCCACGGCGGGCGGCGAACAUGACUGCGGCAAGGUGCGCGAGACCCUGUCGACGAGGUGCCCCGCUGAAGCGUUGACAGAGCUCAACGGCGCGCAGCGCCGCGACGGGUUUUUUUCCGAUAACGACGUCGAUUACUUCGAAGAAGAGACCGGUGGAGAAAAUUACGGUGAGGUUCAUGGGGUGGUCGAGCAGCUGGUCAGUCUAGCCGACGAGGAAGACGGCGAUGAUCCAACAGCUGAAGACCACAGCGCGGACAACGAGGCGUUCGCAGAGUUCAAGCUGGUGGGCAGGGGCUUCAAGAAUGUGAGAGCCCAUGGCGAGGACAUCCGCGACCUAGGCGCGGACGGGGGCGCGGGCCUUUCGGCGGGCGACCCGAGUGCGAGGUUCCACGACAAAGGGGGGGGCGGUGAGAAGCGCGACAAGAUCAGCCCACACAACGGCUUCAUCCUAUCGGCCCUGGACGACUACGUGCACCUCCUGGGGCGGGACAGCAUCAGGGCUCUUUUCGACAUCGGG